AUGAGUAUCAGUUCAACAUCGCUAAAAUACCCAUUCGAGAAAGAGCACGAAUUGUAUAAUGGACUACAUAAUCCAAAUGAAGCUCAGCGACUACCUGACUAUCCUCAAAUUUUGCUUCAAGAUACAAUGGAACUAGCAACCUUUAUAUUUAAAGAUCUUCGUAUACCAAUAUUAGAGAAAAUCUCCCCUUGUCUAUGGUGGAUGUCUAUACAAUCAAGCGCACAUAUUGGACCUCUCCAUUAUCAAGGUGUUAAAUUACACGAUAUUAUCAUUUCGGAGAAUCCUAAGCUUCAUCUGAUUUGGUAUUAUGACAAGAUCUUCAUCAAACCUGUACCAAAAUAUUUAUUAUCUUUCGAUUUCUGGCAUACCUAUCUCAUAUCAUCAACUUCGCCCUUGGGCUCAAAGAGAGAGAUUAUUAAACGCUCAGCACUCGGCUUUCUUCGUACUUGUCGAUAUCUCGUACAGUAUGAAUCCGAUUUCAAUAUUGCCAUAGGAAGGAGGCUUUUACCGGAAGCAACGACAUGGGAAUCCUUCUCCAGACUUGUUUCAAAUCUCCGCAGAAUCGAUGAUGGCGAUGCUAUGGGACGUUAUGCAUUUGGGGAGAUGCGCCUUUCAAGAUUGAAUUUUUAUAUCAAGAUUAUUCUUGGGAAAAGCACUUUUUAUAAAGUCUAUGGCCAAUAUGGUGCUUAUUUUGGACGUUUCUAUAGUCCUUUUUUGUUUAUUCUUGGAAUAGUAUCAAUUAUCUUGAAUGCUUUGCAGUUGGAACUGGCUGUAGAAUCUCUUGAUAGUAUUCCAUGGCAAAGCGUUCGGGAUAUAAGCCGAUUCACUAGUGUUUUAGUAGCAGCUAUACUUUGUGGGAUUGCAUUCGUGUUAUUUUUACUACUUGUAUUCCGAAUCGCAGCGGAGUGA